AUGACUCAAUCCGGCCGCUUGGAGAUUGAAGUCGAGGAGAGAGGACGGAGCCUUACAAGCCAAGUGGUGAUCAAUGUCCAGACUGCUGCCUGGGUUGCCUUGACAGACCGACUGAGGGGACACUGGUCCUCCUGUGAAAGCAGCGAGGGUAUUGUGUCGAGGUAUGAAGUGGAAAGGCGGAUAUUGCGAUUUCUCGGUGAGACGAGGCAAUGCCGGCUAGUAGAUAGUAGGUAG